UUUCCUGAGCGCCACUCUCAUUAUCUUAGGCUCAGUAUUGAAGAUCAGCUUGUGGGAUAACAUGGGGGCUCCACAUCUCCUCAGUGUGACAGCUCUGAUGACUUUGUUUGCUGUCCAGUGUGCACCGGUACUCACCAAUGCUGUGAUCCCAACUCCUUCCCUCACUUUGUACAGUCCUGAUGAUCCCAGCAAAAUUACUCUUUCCUCUUCAGUGACACUGAUGUGCAAGCUUCCUCGUCAACCUCGAUUUACGGUGAACGUUUUCUUUGGUAGGGGUUGGCAGCCUCACAGAAAUGACACCAUCAAAGUAGUUGACUCGAGUUACAAAGGCUAUAAUACGGAAGCAAAAGUAACUUUGACGGAACUCAUUCCAGAAGAUGAGAGCCUGUACACGUGCUGGUUUGCAUUUACCAGUGAUUCCAGUCAGCGCUCCGAGUACAGCCCUCCACUGAAUAUUACUGCCUCCCUUCUCCCGCCCCCCACCAGCCAGAUUUCUCCAGAAGUCAUUGGUCCUGGACAAGACUACACAAUAUUCUGUCAUACUCCUAAAAUAUUUUCUAAUGUCACCUUCUUUAUGUACUUCCACGGCAAUGCCUAUAUACUGCCAUACAACCAAUCUGUGGACUUGUCUUAUGGGCAGAACAGAAUUUACAAGAGCAUGAAAAUGACUGAUGAUUACAGUAAUGGAAAUUACUCAUGCACUUUUAAUGUGAAGAUUAACGGGCGCAUUCUUAAAUCACCUCACAGCAGAAUGGUGGAAGUGGCCAAAGAAACUUUACCACUUCGACUUGAGUCAGACAGCACUUGCGCUGGGAGGCUCGAGGUGUUUAUCCGAGGCUUCUGGGGUGCUGUUUGUGAUUACGGCUUUGAUGAAAACUCUGCAAAUGUGGUUUGCAAAAUUCUGAAUUGUGGCCAAGCAGUUUUUGGGUCCUAUGUACAAAAGAGUUCAUUUAAGCCUGGAACCGGGCCCUAUGCCCUGAACAUGAUUCGUUGUGCUGGCAAUGAGUCUCACCUCUAUGAGUGUAAAACAGGCGCCAUUAGGCCGUCCUGCUACAACCAGAAUGAUGUAGGAGUCAUCUGCUCAGGUUUCAUGCCAAACUUAGCCAUUUCUCUUGAGGGAUAUCGUCAAACUUCAAAACAGCACAUUUAUGUGGGCAGUACGAUAGUAUUGACGUGCACACUAUCAGGAACACAAUAUUCUUCCACUACAAGGGUUUGGGUGAAAUUGACAAGAUCUCAGCAGGGGUCUAGCUAUGUGUCAACUCUCACAAAUGGCUAUGCGAGUGUUGGAGAGAGCAUUCGGUUAUCUGUUGGCCCAGUGGAGUCUACAGACAGCGGUGUUUACCAGUGCACAGCAGACAUCGAGGACUUUGGGAGUAGGUUGACAGUGGUGAGCGUACCACUGACCAUCACGGUUGGAAAAUCUUAUAUUGUACAGAUCUGCUGUGCUGUUUUUUCAUUUCUUAUUGGCGCUGCCAUUCUGCUAUAUAUCUGUCUUUGUCGGGCCAAAAGUCAGGAGGAAUGAAGAUCCUUUAUCACCUGUCAUCAGCAGCUCCUAACCUGUACUGUAAGCAAAAUAAUUUUGGCUUUUGUCACCUUUGGAAAAACAAUCUUUCUUCUGAAGUUUACAGCCGUUGUUUUGCUUGUGUGCUACCUUUACUCACCCAACAAGACUAAAGCAUAUUGUAAAUGCACGCAGAUAAUCUACAGAUGUUUGCCAAUGUGAUCACAGAAUGUGGUGUAUGAUAUUGCAGUGAAUGUUGUCACCAAAAUCAAAAUGAAGAAUAAAUACAAUUAAAACAGUUGUACCUUGAAAUUCAAGGUUUGACCAAAAGGGGAAAUGUCACUGGGUUUGGGUUGGAACUUGAAUGUUAUUUGAAUUGCUGGCUGAGUCUGACACUUAACUACAAGUGGAAUUAUCAUUUUGUAUUAUUACAGUGUAUACAAAGUACACUUUUAUAGACUUACUUGAGGCAAAAGAUUAAACAAUAUGUAAACUUAGAAUCCAACUUUUGAAUCUGUUCAUUGGCAGCAACAUGUUAUAUUUACUUUACUCUUGUAACUUUUAUGUUUUCUGUUUUAUGGUAUUUUGUUGGUAAACUAAUG